GAAGUGAGGAGAGAGGAGAGAAAGUCGUUAAAUGCGGAAGUUUGAAGAAGUUUGUUUCCUCAGAAUCAUCGUGAAGAAGUUUGAAGAAGUUUGAAGAAGUUUGAAGAAGUUUGAUGAGACGCGAAGCGACGAGUGUGAACUUUGUUUCCUGAUCCAACGAACUCUCUCUGUUGUGUCUCAGCUCCAUCAUGGCGUCUGAAGUUUAUUCUGUCACGACGGCUCCGAACCCCAAAUCUUCCUGGUUCCAGGUUCCAUCGGAGCGUCUGGACAAACGCCGCUUCGUGGUCAAAGUCAUUGAAGUGAUCUUCUCCUUCGUGGCCUUCAUCCUGGAGGAGGUGGUCAGCAGCUGUAACAGCUGCUUCGCCCUCUACUUCUUUGAGUUUGUCAGCUGCACGGCGUUCCUCUUCACCCUGCUGCUUCUCGUCCUCCUCUCCACCACCCUGCACGCCAGGGUCGGCGUCGCCUGCUGGGCAAGUCUGGACUUCUGGUACACCUCCCUCAUCGCCUUCUUGUUUCUCGUCUCCUCCAUCAUUUUUGCGGCGGACAACAACGGAACGAAUCUGGAGAAAAGUGCUGUGGUGUUUGGUUUCAUGGCGAUGUCGGCGUUCUUCGUGGACCUCUUCUUCUUUUACAGAACCAGCGGAUUUCCUUUUCAGAAGCCGCAGUCCGGUGGCGGCAGCCCCGCGGGGGGGGAGCCUCAAGUGGAGACGGAGAAACUCAACGCGGCAGAAUGAGUUUUAAUGUGUGUUCAAUGCAUUCAGAGCUUAUUUUACACACUACUCCUUUUAAUGUGGCGACCGGAGCGGCAGGUGGUCGACUUGACGUUUUUCUGAAAUAAAUUCAAAUCCAGUUUUUAGUCGUUCAGAGUUGAGGAAACUUUGUUUUACAAUUGGAUCAAUCUUCCGAUAAUCAAGGACUCACAGUGCAGAGUGUGACCAGGAGGAACGACACUAAAACCAUGCAACCACUAAAUGUUCUGCUUUACAGCAAAUCGGUCAUAAAGCUGAACGUUUUUCAACUUUAGUUAAACUGUUGCUCAUUUGUAUAAAAGUCAAUAUGAAACUUUCACGUCACACAAGGAAAAAUAUUUCAAAUGAAACAUUUAGAGAAGAAAAGGUCGACUGGUUGUGUUUUUCUGAUGAUUUAGAGAAAAGACGUUUUUCAACCUGUUACCGGACGAGUUCACAGCACGCCACAAGACGUCGAUGAUAAGAAGUGUCCAGCAGAGGGAGCUGUUUGUCGUCAGGCUUCUGCAAUUCACUUAUUAAUCAAGAUCAGCCAAUCAGUUCAGUUCAAUUUUAUUUGUGUAGCAGCAAAUCAUAAUCAACAUUAUCUCAAGGCUCUUUACACAGAAGGUCAAUCUCACACACGGUGCCAUAACUGAUCAGGAAACAGGAAGUGAGUCACAUAUCACGUUUGCUGUCGCUGCUCUAACGGAAACGUUGAAAAAUGAAAUGAAGCAGCUGAAGUGACAUCGCACACACGAGGUUCUUUACGUUUCGAGCUGCUGUCGUCUAACGAACCUACGGAAGAAAAUCUGUCACUAAACUCAGAAUUUUAAAGUUUAAACUCAUUUUGAUUUGAAGUGCGUCAGAUCUGGUCUUUAUUUCUAAUUUCACCUUCGUACGUAUAAAAGUUUCUUUAUUUUAAAUGUUUAAUAUUUUUAACUUGUUAAGAGAUUUUUUUAGUCUUUUCUUCAUCUUGUUCUAACUGAUUUUUAUUGUCUUAAAAACUUUAUUCUCUUUUUAUGAAGGAAAUGUUGAUGUUUUGUCGCAAAUAUAAAUAAUUUCUAAAUAUGAAUCGAACGAGGAAUCCAGCUGUUUGUCAUUCUGUCUGAAUUUUAUCGAUUUAAACUUUAGUUGUUUGUUUUCAGUCGGAUGUUGAUGUGAAAUGUUCUGUUUCACUGGUCUGUUGAUUUCUGAGAUAAUAUUUGAGUCUGAAUUUAGUUUGAAUGAAGGAAUGAAUGUUUGAUUAAUUUAGUCUGAAUUAUCCAGAACAGAGUUUUGUUUGAAUUUUCUAUGAUCAGGUUUGUUUGUUCCAGGUGGAAAGUUUCAAAAGGAUUUGAACAUUUUGGGUGAAGGAGCCAGUGAACGACUCGAAUCAGACUAAAGUGAUUUUACACUUUAGUCACAACAAAAAAAUGUCUUUGUUCAUAUUUUAACUUUUAUGCAACUGAAACCCACCAGUGAAGUUUUAACAAGUGUUUGUCUUUGCGUUCCUUCAAGAGGUCACAGGUUUCCUCUUGUUUUUUAGUUUUAUUUAAAUUCCAGAAUUUCAGAAGACAGAAUUGAAAGUGAAAAUUAACUUUAAAUCAGACGUGUUAAGAUGAUUAAUUCAGGGUUUAAUUGAUGGAGCAGGAAAUCUGAGGUGUGACACUUAUUAUAUUGUUCAUGUUUUACCUUUGACUCUGUAUAUUUACUGGAACCAAUCAAUGACAACUGUAAAAUAAAACCUUGAAUAUACUGGAACCUUUUUAAAAAUAUUAUUUUCUAUUUCAUGUAAGUCAGACAAUCCAGAAAAGUUUUUUAUAUUUCAACAUGAUUCAUGUUCACGACCAAACCAAGUUUAUUUUGGAAGAGAGAAAAAUGUUUUUAUAAUUUAUACACAGAAAAUCUACAAUUUCUCUGAUCAGUAUUUUUUCUGUCGUGUAAUAAACAGAUUUUCAAAGAA